CGCAGCGUCUUUUGGUCUCGGAAGCAAGAGAACAGUUCCGGGGGUGACGACGACGGUCAAGAAGCGGUCGACACCUCGAUUGUUCCGAUCAGCUACUACCCCGGGAACAUCUUCGCCGAGGAGAGCCCACUGGAGGUUUGGAGAAUUCGACCUUCGGUCGUCGAUGGACAAGAUUGGUCCAACGUCGAGAGGACGAAGUCCACCGUGGAGUCGGUGGAGGCUAUCCUCCGAGAUCUCAAUGCACACGGGGUCUCGUUCAUCAUUCCAAAGCGGGAUCAGAGGCCUUGGUCGCCCCCGAAGGGGUAUCAAUGCAUUUACGAGUCAUAUUUCCGGAACGACACGAAGUUGUGGUUCCCAAUUCCCGAAUUGUCACGGCUUACGCGUCCGCAGAGGGGUCGCUUUAAGCCAGUUGAUGAACGGUUCUCUCGGUUGAUGGUCGUUUUAUCGGUGAUUGCGGCUGAGGCAGGGACAUCGAUGAGUGUGAGGUCGUUUGAAGAGUUGACUUCAGUUUCAAUUUCCGACGAUGGGCUCGUCUCGACGAGGAUGCGCCCAAACUAUAACGUGGUCACGGGGUAUCCGACCAAAACCUCAGAUUGGCAGCGUUCGUACUUCUAUGUGAAGUCGAACAGAUCAGCGUUCGAAGAGCCUCCGAAGUCUGGUUAUCGCGUUCUCUGGAAUGCAGAGAUGGUUGGUCAUCCGAAUCUCGCUACGUACCCCGAGGAUUGGAAGGAGAGUGCUCGGAUUGUUGCGUUGCAGAAGCAAGAUCACUGGGAGGAUUUUACUCGGGAGAGAAUUCAAAGAUCUGUAGAACGGAUUGCGAGUCAGCAUUGGAUCUCGGAUUCGCUUCCUCACAUCAAUCGAUCGACUUUGAAGCGGUUGUCCCUUUUCACACGAGCCGAGCAAAAGGAGAUCAAUCGGGCCCGAACAAUGAAGCAACUGCCUGAUCUAAGCCUUAUUACGGCGGGGAAGAUAGGUGCCAAAAAGGGAAAGAACUCGAAGAAGAAGAAAAGCAAGGAGACUCGGAAGGAGUCCAAUGAGAUGGAUCAAACCGAUCUGGAUAACCCCUCUAAGAAGGGUGGUAAGAAGAGGAAGGCCGUGGAACCGCCUGCGGAAGACGUUCCUAGGAAAAAAAAAAAGAAGAAGCAAGAUUUCUCCGUGCCCCGACCAUCCUCGGUUUGCGAGGAGGAACUCCAGGUUUUGGUCCCUGAUGCUACUCCCGAGGUUGGGACCUCGGAUGAUGAUGAAAAUGAGACCAUAGCUUUGCGUCGGAGGAGACGAGAGGGCCCUCAGCAGAAUCGCGGAGCCUCGGUGGGCGGUUCUGAGACUCGUGUGUCCGGCCGUCCCAAGGAAACCCCGGAGGAUGGGUUCAAGUUCGAGUUCAACCGAGAGCUCCCGCUGGCCUGUUACCCGGAGGAUUGUGCUCGCUUGCUACGGUUAGUCAAAGGCGGUCCCGAUCAGCUUCCUUCAGUGGGGGACCUCAUCUUCAAAGACGAGUAUGAGCACGCCUCUUGCUCGUCGGUAAAGAGUCACGGCGACUGGAAUGUUCUGGUCGGGAAGUAUGACACAGCCCUCAGGCGGGCUAGAGAGCAGAUCCGUGAGAGCGAAGAAGCCAAGAAGAAAGCGGAGGAGGCUCUUCGGGUGUCUUCGCGGGAAAAGACUGAAGCCAUUGCUCGGGAGAGAUCUCUCAGGAAAGCGUUUGACGAGACGCGAACAUCUGACGCGGCUGAGCUGCAGAUGUGUAAGGAGGCGAUGAACAACCUUGAAGUUGUGGUGGACAAGCAGCGGAAGGAAAAGGUUGACCUAGAGAGAAGGAUGGCCGCGGAAUCACUUAGGCAUUCCGAGGAAAUGACCAGGCUUCGGAAAUCUCGUAGGUAUGAGGUUACGCACGAGAGAAUUCGCGUGCUGAUCGCCAUGAUUGCUAAGGCUGAGAAGCGCUUCCACAAGAUUUCUCUUCGUGAGGACCAAAGAGACAAGUACGACGAUGCUAGAUGCCUCUACAGCCAAGCCUUUGGAACAAGGAAAUGCCUCGAGCAGAUUAAAGCCUCGGCAGAGGACCUUCGCCUCUCCCCGUUAGUGUUGGAGUCUCGGUUCCUGAUCGAAGAGAUUUGGCGUCAGCUCGAUCCGUUUGGAUCGAACAUUGGUUUGAUCGAUUCAGAGGCUGCUAUUGCUCUUCGUACUCCUCUCGCCGACCGAGAUCCCCGCUCUGUAGAUCCGACGGAGAAGCCCGCUCAGACGGCCGUAUCUUCCAAUCAGCACACCGACCAAGGCGUCGAUCCGGCGGAGCGAACAUCAGUGGGAGCGGUUAUUCAGAAGGACGGGGCAGUGCCUACCAUCGUGCUGACCGAUUCCUCCGCGAAGGCAUCGAAGAAUGCCAGCUCGUCCGCUUCCUCGUCGGAAGACCCGGGGAAGGAAGACGAGCUUCCAACGGAGACGCCAGCUGCAAAUGUGACUGACUCAAUUCCAACAAAGUUCGGCCGCGUCUCGGGUCCCGGAGAAGGUGACGGCAGUGGCGACAAGGAUCCUCCUGUGGUCGAUUAA